AUCCGGAGAAGGCCGUUCUCGAAACCCGAAGUCGCUGACGGCUACCAUGGCCAGGAGGGCCGUUCUGGCGAUCGCGGUGGCGUUGGCCGUUGCGGCCCCGGACGUCAACGCCGACGGUGUCCAUCUGCGGAACCACCACCCCAACAUCCUCGAGAGGAUCAUGGAACCCUUCGUGCACGAGUUUGAACACUCCAAACUUGGCGGACCCGCGAAGCGGUCCUUGCGGGACGACCACAGUGAGGUCGUGAACAAGCUCAAAAUGGAACCAAUCAUCGAGCCCUUCUUCGUUCAGGGCUUCGGUCUGCCUCCCGUCGCUGAGAAGGGAAACAAACACAAGGUGGAAGUGAAGAAGGUGGUUAUCGGCCCUGACAGCGGCAGUGACCACAAGGUUGAAGUGAAGAAGGUGGUUAUCGGCCCUGACAGCGGCAGUGACCACAAGGUCGAAGUGAAGAAGGUGGUUAUCGGGCCUGACAGCGGUAGCGACCAGGAGACCGCCGUGGAGUUCAGGAAGGUCCACGACGUCUCGUCCUCUUCCUCCUCGGGUCUUGCCGAGCCUCCAUCUCUUCUCUCCCGCUUCGGUAGAGGUCGCAGAAACGUGGACCUGAUGCAGUACUUCUGGAACAACUUCAUGGCCGCGCCGCACGUGAUGCACCCGAAAGUGAUGCUGCUGCCCCAGAAGUCCGUCUUCGGCAAGAAUGGAGAGAGCGUUGUAAGGACAGUGGUCCACAAGAAGAGCGGAAGGAACGGGACUGGCGUCGAUAGUGAGGAAGGAGUGAUCAGCGUCGACGUGGAGGUGUUCGUCUUCCCGAACUCGUCCGCCGGUGCCAAGAGAAACGCCACGGAUCCUCGCAUCAACGGUGCGCUGUCGCGGAUGCUCGCCGCAGAAGCUCAAAUGAACGGUCUGAUGUCGCGGCUGUUCCCUGGCGUGGGGCCCGUAAUGAAGCUGCCGAGGAACCGCAGCGCCUACUCGGUGGUCGAGGUGUUUCCACCGCAGCACGUGGCAGUCGACCGAGUUGCGGUACCGACCAGCUCGCCAGCUACCGACGACGCUACCAUGGCCGCCAAUAGUGACGCCUACGCCAGCACUGCCUGUACCAAGAUCGUCCUCCUGAUGCUGCUCAUGGCCGUGGCCUGUUUCAUCUCCUGCGUCCUCGGCAGCACGCUGCCCUUCGCGUUCAAGAAGAACCGCGCCGCGCGCACGCCCGCAGUUUGGGUCACCAAGAGUGGUAAACUACUGCGCCUGCGCGGAGCCACGCAGGACGCAUCCAACUCACUGCCCGUGACCCGCAUCAGCGGUCCUUGGAGGGCCUAG